CAUCUGAAGGACUAAACUGAUCUAAGUUUGAGUCUAAUAUAAAGUCCUUCCCUUACCAUAAUAAAUACAUAAAGAAAGAAUUUCCCACAAAAAGUGGCUUUUCACUCAAAUAUUUGAUGUUAUUAUAGAGUGACACCAUGCCGUAAAUAAUACUCCCACGACAUUGCAUGAUACACUUAGUGACCCACUCAAAAGUAUUGGAACAAGGAGGGCCAUUGAGAUGAAAGAAGCAAAGGGGAGUGUAAAGUGCUAGCUGUCAACUUAGUUUGUUCAACUUGAGUGACCAAAAAAUUAAACAAGGUGAAGAUGGAUGGUGGUGAUUCUGGUGAUGGUGAUCAAGUGAUUGUGUUCAUGGCCGAGGGUCAUUGUACUCAAGGCAGCCAAUCCUCAGCCUCAGGGAAUUCCACCACCAACGUAGUUGAUCGGCAAGCUCUAAAACAGCCACCACAAUCGACGAAUACUCUUAGAAAGAGAGCCACCCUACGUCGUCUUAGCAUGUCCAAACCUAAAUCUCGAAUCAUCGAGUUUAACCUCCCUCCCAAAAAUAAUGUCACUGAUCAGUUUGACACGGAUCAAACUAUUUGGGAAGAAACAAAUAACAACAUUAUUGAAGACCUUUAUAGUAGUACGGAUUACUCCUCCUCUUCGUCGUCCGAAGAGGAGGAGCAACUAGAAAGUGGGAGUAACAAAUACCACAAAAAAACAAAGAAAAAGAACAAAAAGAUCAAUUGGAGAAGAAUAGGAGAGUGGUCAUUAUUUCUUGUUAUCUUAACUUGCUUGAUCCUCUCCCUAACCAUGACCUCCCUCCGAUACCGCCCCACGUGGGGACUAAUGCCGUGGCAGUGGUGCUUGAUGGUGAUGGUGAUGUUUAGCGGCCGCCUUUGCUCGGGGUGGCUGGUGAGUUUGUUGGUGUUUAUAAUAGAGAGGAACUUCAUGUUAAAGGAGAAGGUGUUGUACUUUGUGUAUGGAUUAAGGAAAAGCAUACGAAAUUGUAUCUGGCUUGCACUUGUGCUAUUAGCUUGGACUUGUAUGUUCAAUGCUCAAAUGCACCAUAAAAAUGUGAUGGUGAAAAAGGUGUCACAAUUGUUGAUAGCUGUUCUUGUUGGAGCAACAAUAUGGUUGAUCAAAAUUGUGUUGGUCAAGACACUUGCUUCCUCUUUUCAUGUGAGGACUUACUUCGAUCGUAUGAAGGAAAGCGUCUUUCAUAACUACAUACUUGAUGCACUCUCAGGUCUACCAGUGGAUGGAAAACAAUUGGAAGAUGAACACAAAGCAAUCAAAGGAUCGAAAUCCCUGCCUGCAAGAUGGAAGGAUGCUAAGACAUCAUUUAGAUCAAACAAAUAUGGAACGAGGAAGUUGGACAUGGAGAAGCUGAAGAAGCUUAGUAUGAAAAGUCCGACGUCAAUUUGGAGUUUGAAGAGAUUGAUGAAUUACAUAAGAUCUUCUGGUUUGUCCACUAUUUCAAAGAAUGUUGAUGCAUUUGGAAAAGCUGAAUAUGAGAUUUCCAGUGAGUGGGAAGCUAGAACUACAGCCAAACGCAUCUUUCGGAAUGUUGCAAAACGAGGUGCCACGUACAUUGAGGAGGAAGAUUUGGCAAGGUUUUUGAAGAGAAAUGAAAUUCAUGCUAUAUUCCCUCUCUUUGAAGGAGCAUAUGAGACCGGAAGGAUCACUAAAUCCUCCUUCAGAAAUUGGGUGGUACGAGCUUAUCUUGAAAGAAAAGCUCUGGCACACUCUCUGAACGACACCAAAACAGCAGUGCAACAGCUUCACAAAUUGGCUUCAGCAAUUGUCAGUGUGAUAAUAUUUGUGGUGUUUCUUUUGGUGAUGGGAUUAGCAUCACCAAGAGUUGUCGCGUUCGUUAUCACACAGAUAGUAGUUCUAGGUGUCAUCUUUCACAACACUUUCAAGACGAUCUUCGACUGCAUCAUUUUCGUCUUUGUGAUGCACCCUUUCGACAUAGGAGAUCGAUGCAAAAUUGAUGAUGUUCAGAUGAUUGUAGAGGAGAUGAAUAUACUAACUACAGUUUUCCUAAGGUAUGACAUGGAGAAGAUCUACUAUCCAAAUUCAGCUCUUCUGACCAAGCCAAUUAGUAAUUUCUACAGAAGUCCUGAAAUGUGGGAUUCAAUUCCUUUCACCAUAGAUGCCUCCACAUCGAUUGAAACAAUAAACGCGCUUAAGAAGGCAAUACAAAGCUAUAUCGACAGCAAGCCAAAUUAUUGGAAUUCAAAAUAUAGCUUCAUAGUGAAAGACAUAGAAGACUUGAGCAAGAUGAAGAUAAGCGUAUCUGUGCAACACACCAUCAACCACCAAAAUAUUGCUGAACGCAAUACGCGUUUAACUGAGCUUAUAUUGGAGUUGAAGAAAUUUUUUGAAACACUUAAUAUCAAAUAUCACCUUCUUCCACAAGAGGUCCAUCUUUCCCAGAUCAACAAUUCUUCCAUGCCAACAUCAUCUUAACAUCCCAUAUCUAAUAAAAAUGCUACAUAUAUUCAUUUCUAUCUUGAACAAGGCUGUGACAUAAUGAUGUAUAACUGCGAUGUAUCUUGGACAACUAAGUUACUCGUGCUAGAUACGAGUAUGAGUCGAUGUAUGCUGUUGAAUAUCUACGAAUGGAUCUCUAUUAUUGUUUGUUUAAAGUA